UAAUCUCAUGUCAACAUUUUCUCCACAUUUUAACAACAUUCAAAAUUCAUUAUAAAUCAAACGCUCAUCUGAAAUUCUUCUCCACAUAGUUUAAUUUCGAACAAUUAAGCUUCAAUUUUUGUAAAGUUCGAUAAUUUUUUUUUUUGAAUGAUGGAUUUGUUUGAUUUGGUCAAUUCGUUCAUCGAGAAAGGCUGCGGCGUUGUUGUUGAUGAAGAAAUCGGAAGAAUCGACGACGAUCAUAAUCCCUAUGACGAUGAAGAUUCUGAUGUGGUGGAGAAUACGAUGAAGGAUUCGCUGAAGAGAUUAUUUGCAUUUGAGAACGGUGAUGAAGCAAGAAGAAAGACUACAUUAGAAGUUCAAAAGGCAUGGCGGCGCGUGAUCGAAACUAACUCAUCGCCAUCGUCGCCAGAUCUAAAAUGGCAGCUGAUGACUCAGCUACGUCACCAAGGUUUCGACGCCGGACUCUGCAGAUCAAAAUGGAAAAGGAAUGGCAAGGUUCCAUCGGGGCGUUACGAAUACAUUGAUGUUAAUAUAAAUGGGACCCGCUACAUGAUUGACAUAUUGAUAGCAGGAGAAUUCGAGAUAGCAAGGCCAACUAAAUAUUACGUUUCAUUGCUCGAUGUUUUCCCUCAAAUUACAGUCUGCAAAGUCAUCGAGUUCAAAAAAAUCGUAAGAAUGAUGUGCGAUGCGAUUAGACUGUCUAUGAACCAACAACAAAUGCAUGUACCACCAUGGAGAAGACAUGAGUACGUGCAUGCUAAAUGGUUCGGGUCUUAUAAGAGAUUUACUAACACCUAUUCAACUAAAAGUAUUACAGACUCGAAUAUAGAUAGCAAAAAAGUUGUAAGUUUUUUGUCAUUUUCGGAACAAAAUUGCUAUUGGAGUCGAAGAGAAGAGUUUGGUGGAAGGGAAUUUUGUUUGAAAGUUGGUAAUUUGACCAUGGUUAUGAAUGGACCAACAUAGCAUGUUAAUGUAAUUUUUAGGGGGUAAAGAAGUGAGUGUGUAGUGUAAAGAAGGGUAAAGUAUGGAUCUAAAAUGAUUAUUGUGAUUUAAGAUCAUAACAAUCAGUUUUUAGUAUUUAAUAUAAAGUGAUUAAUUUGAUUUUUUUUA